CGUUAGAUUCGAAGCGACCGUUAUGAAGCCGCACUUUUUUCUAUCUGUGACCAAAAUCAUCGAAAAGUCCUUAAUAAAAUUAAGAUAACAUCUCGUUAUAGUUUUGAUAUUUUUACUUUAUGUUAUCGUCGUCGUUGUAGCGCUAAGCUAGCUCUAAAGCCCAGCGGGGAACGGACGUUAGCUUUCGGAGGGGGAAUGUUGACGGUGUGACACCAGGCUUGAAACGAAUACUCUCGCUCGCAUCCUCGCUGUAAAAAUUGGUUUUAACUACAUUUUCUGUCGGAUUAUUGUCAUUGUAUUCUUCGUAAAUGAGUUGCAGAGGAGACAGCGACGAUGACAGCAGUACUAAGCGGAGGGUGGCGUACAUCUACAGCCCGGAGUACAUCGAGACCUGCGACUCUUUAUCAAAAGUGCCGAACCGGGCGAGUAUGGUCCACUCACUGAUAGAAGCCUAUGGACUCCUUGAAGACAUGAGCACCGUUAAACCCAAGCUGGCCUCCAUGGAGGAAAUGGCCAAGUUCCACACAGACUCCUACCUGGAACAUCUCCACAAGAUCAGCCAGGACGGAGACAACGACGACCCGCAGUCAGUCGACUUCGGCCUGGGUUACGACUGUCCCGUGUCGGAGGGGAUAUUCGACUAUGCAGCAGCAGUCGGCGGCGCUACGCUGGCGGCGGCCCAGUGUCUGCUGGACAAAAAAAGUGACGUGGCCAUCAACUGGGCAGGAGGGUGGCACCACGCGAAGAAGGAUGAGGCGUCGGGUUUCUGCUACGUGAACGAUGCUGUGUUGGGAAUUCUCAGGCUGAGGGAGAAAUACGACCGAGUCCUCUAUGUGGACGUUGACCUGCAUCAUGGCGAUGGUGUGGAGGACGCCUUCAGCUUCACCUCCAAAGUCAUGACGGUGUCUCUGCACAAGUUCUCUCCUGGAUUCUUCCCAGGUACAGGAGACCUCAGUGACACGGGGCUGGGUAAAGGCCGAUGGCACGCUGUGAACGUCCCGCUGGAGGACGGCAUCCAGGAUGACAGAUACUACCAGAUAUUCACCAGCGUGAUGCAGGAAGUGCGGGCACAGUUCAACCCGGAGGCGAUGGUGAUGCAACUGGGUGCCGACACCAUGGCGGGCGACCCCAUGUGCUCCUUCAACAUGACCCCGGUGGGGGUGGGCAAGUGUCUGCAGUACGUCUUACAGUGGCAGCUACCUACACUGCUGCUGGGUGGAGGAGGUUAUAACCUGGCUAACACGGCGCGCUGUUGGACCUACCUGACGGCGGCGGUGCUGGGAAAGACUCUUUCCUCCGAGAUACCAGACCACGAGUUUUUUACAGAGUACGGACCCGACUACUCGCUGGAGAUCUGCCCGAGCUGCCGGCCGGACCGCAACGACACCAAACACCUGGACCAGGUCAUCAGCACCAUCAAAGGGAAUUUAAAGAAUGUGGUUUAGGAGUCAGCGGCCUCCUCCACCUCCUCCACCUCCACCUCCACCUCCUCCUCCACACACACCAUGUUCCAAACCAGGUCGACGCUCAGCUUUAAUGAAGACAAUAUGGAGCAGACCCCUUCGGGCCCGAGGCGCGGAGCGAACGAGGGAGGGAUGAAGGCAGGAAAAAGAGAGAGCGAGCGAGGGGUUUUGGAAAACAUUAGCUGAGUGUUUCCAGGGGAAAACAGUUUAAUAAGAGGAGGAGGAGGAGGAGGAGGAGGAGAGGGUGAUGUGGUUUCUGUACAAUGUUCAUGUUUUUAAUCCUUUUGUUUUGUUGGAAAAAAAGGUAUGCGUGUUUGUGUGAACGAGAGAGCUCGCGGUCAAUCUGGAUUCAAGAGUUUCUGCGGUAUCGAGGGAUGCGUUUGUGUACAUCCAGUCAGCUAAACGGAAAAACAGAUCCGUCAGGUGUCCAGUUUCACGUUCACCCCGGUGCCGCUGUGAUUUCUUUUUUUACCCCUCCUGAGGACAGAUAAGCACUAAAACAGACAAAAAAGCUUCCCCCCCCCCGAAUGCCUUGUUAUACUUGUAAAACCCCCGGAGUUUCUGAAAAAAAAAGUACAUGAAAUGAGUUUUCCAAGUCUUUGACGAAACCUGGAAAGUUUACCAAUAAACAGUUUGAGGGGAAGAAAAGAAAAUAGCCGUGGACGUUGAGCCACAUUGUUCUGACCUCUGGGCAAAAAUCUGCAAAUUAAACAUCUGGACGGAGUUUGGAAUUUUAACUGGAAAAUAUGCAGAGAAAGUUAAAAAGGUUUUUUUUUUAUUAUUUUAUUCUACAGACAGUACUGAUUAACUUGUAGAGGGUUUUUGGAGUAAAGCAGCUGUCGUUUAACUGGCCCCGACACAAAUCAGUUGAUUCAACCAAACAUGGAUCCUUCUCCAUGACUGACAGAAGCUGAUUGGACUGGAAAAAGUUCAGUAUCACUCUCAGCUGUAGCGUCAGUCGUCUCAUUACGUCCAACAGCUUCUUCCACUGAAGUAAUUGUUGGGAAUCUGCAGGACAAAUCAAACAAGAAAAAAAACUUGUAAAAACACAACACGAUGUCCUCUGAAGUUACCUUUUUAAAUGUAUUGUUUGUCUUUUUAUAAAAAGCAUCACAAAUGCCUGAACGGUUCAAAAAAACCUCGAUGCAAAGUGUAUCUGAAUGUCUCAACGUCUGUAGAAAGUUUAGAAAACAGAAAAAAAAGAGAAACGUAGUUUAAUCCCUCCAGCUGUAGAGUUUUUGUGAUGUGGCACGUUAGUCACAUCGCACAGCUUUAACCGCUGCACAUGUAAAACCGAACGGUGACCAGAUUCUCCAAAUCCUCUAAUGAAGCCGGGACACAUGUCGGGACGGCUCGAUGUUUGUCGGCGGCAUCGCAGAAAAAUAUGUGUCGAAUGAAUCGCUCCCAGUGAUCAGGGACAGAUUACUUUUAAAACAUUUGUUUUUCACCAUAGAAAUAAUUUUAAAAAAGUUUUUUAACAGCUGGUUGUGUUUUUUGUUUUUCUAUCUCGUGUUCUUCUUCAAACUCCAUCUGCUGUGAGAUGUGAUCAAAAGAAAUGUUUUGUGUUGAUAUUGAUUUUGUUUUGCUUGUUUUUUGUCUAACCGCUACAACUGUGGCAUCUAAAAUCAUUAAAAUUCAUCACUGUUUACUUUUUGAAAGA